AGAGCACUCAAGUUACAAAGUGGGGUGUAUCACACGUUCUGAAAUUAGACGAAGCCAUUUUCGAUGUUCACUUCCUCGAAAUCUUUAUAAAUACUCUAAACAACCCACACCUCUAUGAGUGUCAGUCCGUCGAGGAUCGCCCUGAAAUUGUGGGGGAACUCACGGAAUUUUUCAAACGGGCGCAGAAAAGUUAUCUAUUUAAGAGAUUUGUUAGACACAUUAACAAAAACAUUAUCUGGGAGCCCUUAACAAUAUUUUACGUAAUCUAUGCGUUACGAAUAAUUUCACCAAAGGAGGCACACUAUUGCGCUUGGGAAACCGAUGAAUUGAAAGCCAUUAAAUUAUUAGUCGAAAAAAGUCUAAGCUCGUCUUCCUCGAUUCCAAGUACCGCGUGUCAAAUCGAACUCUUGCGAGCGAUCUGCAAUUACGUACGCCAAAUAGACGAUUUGCCAUUAUUUGCUGAUGUUCUAGCUACAUUUUCCUGUCUCGCGAAAGAAACCGAUUCUUGGAACAUUAUAACAAUAUGGCUGUCAGGUGUUUUGUCGGACACAGCGGCGAAAAAGUUUAUAGAUACUUGUGCAGGAUAUUUGAGACUAGAAAUGCCAAGACUAAAUCUUAAGACAUUUGCGAUGAUGAUAUGUUUAUUAUACGAUGCUAAUUUAAUAUUCCAGCAGCAAAAGGGUGAUUGCUCCGUUAUGGAAUCACAGUUAAACAUUUACUGCAUACUUGGAACAUGAGUUUUUGUAUUCGCAAAAAAAUCAACGCGGCAGAAUUCAUAUCCCAUUUAAUAGAUAUUGGCACGAAAGGAGGCCAUUGUGAGGGCACGUUGAAAUUCAUAUCGUUACAUAUAGAAACCACGUUUAGCUUUUUAAUUAACAAAAUGAGAGUAAUCUCUACGAAACUGAUGUUUCAAGAUUAUACGAAAUAUAUAAAUAUCGUAUCCUCGCAUCUUAAUUCACUUAGUCUUAUAUCAGCGGAAGUUACGCGGAACACACACCAGAGUUACAUAGAAAGAUUGCAAAGGGAAAGUAUAAAUUUAGUAAAAGACUUACAAUCGAAUGUAAAUAUGCAAUAUCUAUAUGGACUGCACAUCUUGUACCUCUCUCAGGAAGUACGUGUAGACCGUUUAAAUGAUUACACGGAAGAUAUUUUAUAUAUAUUGUCGAUGUCGAUGAAUAUUUGUCAAAAUAUCACAACGAAGAGGAAUUUAAGAGAAAGAAUUGUAUCGGAAUAUCUCUUGCUCCUUUCGAAACUUAUAUACCAAUAUCUCGUAAAUAAUUUAGAGACAUUGAAGACUACCGUUGGUACGUUGCUGUCUUAUCUGCAACAGUUUCUCGAGUUUGGGCUGCUAAAAAUCAUACCUGAAGUUGCAAAAAUACUAGGAAUAGUAAUUGAUCAUUUUAUGUGCAAGGAUAAUAAUGAAUAUAGAAGCAAUAAAAUUUUAAUAUUUAUUUUCGAAAAGUGUUUUACGUGUAUCACGGAAAAUAAUAAGGAUAAUAUGUUUUGGACAGCGAUGCAAAGUAUUAUGGGAGUUAUUAUUAGUAAUAAUUUUUUGCGUUUACCAGAUGCUGCAGAAUUCACAAAAACGCAUAUUUUCACCUUAUUGAACAACAAAGUCAUUUCUUUAUCGAAAUUAAAAUCGAUAAUAUUUUCAAGGCUGGUAAACUUGGAGGUGGACAAUACGCUGAAGUUAGAAGCGCUAUUAACAGACUGUCUCUUUCAUUUUGCUAUGUAUCAGUGUAAUGCCAAAAUUGAUUAUGCUCAUUUGUUUAUUGCCAAACACUUGAACAAGUAUUAUUCCCAAAAUAUCUUUACGUAAGUAUUUAUCGAUAUGUAGCAUAAUAUUCAUAUUGGAAAGUUUUAAUAUAUUGUCGUUAUUUAAAGAAAUUCUAAAUAAUUGAUAUAUGUAAAUCUAAAUAAUUGAUAUAUGCAUUGAUGUUCUGUUAAUAGAGAUCAUAAUAACUUUGUCACAACUAGAGCAGAGGCGAUUAUACUAUUGCAUAAAGUAAUUAGCUAUCCAGUAGCGAAGUACGGAGAAACAUUCACGUUGCAGGUCAUAUAUUCAUUGGUACAAAGUAAAAACUUGCAACACAGACAAAUGCAAAUUUUGUUAAUACUGGAACCAAUCCUGAGUAAAGUAAGCUAAACUUAUGAUUAGUUAAAUUGUCUUUUACUCGAUUAUAAUAUUAAUAACUGAUUAUAGGAAUUGAUUCUUCUGGUAUACAAAGACUUGUGUAACUUUAUUUAUACGGAAAGUAAUCACUCUAGCGUGAGACUGAUGCAGGAAUGGUUGAUGAUACGAAUCUUGAUAAAGAAUAGCGAUCUCCACGAGGAACUAUGGUCACUUUACGAAAAAGUAAUAGAAAUGAAUUUUAUAAUAAUAUAAUAACAAAAGUUUUUCAAAUCUCCUUGUUUGCUUCACGGCAUUCUAUAAACCAGUAUAUAUAUCUUCAGUACACUCUCAUAUAUUUUCAGAAUAUAAAAAACCGACCUAGCUGUACGAUUUCUUUGGCAAGCAUCGUCUACCAUGUUGCAAAACUCUUGUCAGGCGAUAAUCAGAAAACUUUUAUUGAAACAGCACUGCCGUACAUAGUGCGAUGUUGCUUAGCGCAGCAAUGUAAUGCACGCAUUUAUAAUCAGUUCAUUUUAAAACGUUUAUAUGAAUUAAUGAAGUCAACAUACGACGACAAAAUCGUGUCAGAAUACAAAUGUAUAUACCAAGCAAUUGUAAUUGAUUUGCAACAAGAAAAUUCGACAAAAAGUUCAGCCAGGAUACAGAAUGAUAUUUACUUUUCCCAUUUUCAUCCGAUCGAACAUUACAGCUUGCAGACUAUUUUCUAUGAAUUCCCGCGUUUGACUAAUAUGAGUUUCGAUGAGUGGAUUAGUCCGGAUGUAUUCAAGAAGUUGAAAUUUAAUCAGAGAGAUGGACAUCCUCUGCAGCUAUAUAACACAAAUUCAUUGCUGUCUAACACUGAAUCUUUCGCUCAUCAGACAGAGUCAUUUGCAGAUUUAGACGAUGUUUCCGGAAUUAAGGAGCUCAUAUAUACGGUGGAUAUAGAAUUACAGAAAGGCCUAAUAAUUGUAGCAUCCUUAGUCGAUCAACUACCAAAUUUAGAUGAUAUUGCUAAAAUGUGUGAGACAUUUAAAAUUAAAGCACUAAUCGUUACGAAUACAGAUUGUGUAAAAAAUAAAGAACUUGAAUAUCUCAGUGUAUCUGCUGAUAAAUGGUUAAAUAUGAUACAGGUAAAAUCGCAUGAAUUACAAAAAUUUUUAUUGGACAGAAAGAAGGCAGGAUGGUCCUUAAUUGGUGUUGAAGAAACACCCGAUAGUGUAGAUCUGAUGUCGAUAACAUUCAAGGAAAAGACAGUUUUCGUUUUAGGAAACGAGAAGAAUGGUAUACCAGCGAAUUUCAUACCUCUUUUUGACGAAUGCGUAGAAAUUCUACAAGUAAAUACAGAACUUGCAUGUCCAUUGAGUGUUCACUUUACCACUGCAAUAUGCAUGUAUCAAUAUAUACAGCAUAUGUUAAAACAAUAAUUUUUCAAGUUUAUAUGAUAAAUAUGUUUUUAAUGAAA